AUGAAAGCUGUCACAGCCUUUUUGCUUGUGCUAUGUCACCUGGCCAUCAGUCAUGCCUGGAACUGUGGCGGGGCUCCAAGGUUGAGUAAUAUCAGACAGAUUGAUGCUGGGCAGGGGCAAGUCGUCGCCACAACCAACCACAAUUAUGCAUAUUUCCUGGUUGGUCCAUACUGGCAAUAUCUGCGUACAAAUAAGAUCAAGCAUAUCACAGUGGGACCUGCAGGACUGUGGGCAGUUGACACCUCAAACAAGGUCAACAAAUAUGUAGCUGGCAAAUUUCUUCCAGCUACUGGUUUGGCUAUGCAGCAGGUGGAUGCUGGAGGUGAUGUCAAUAUUGCUGGAGUAAGUCCCUCCAAAAAGCCCUAUUGUCUGACAACUUUUAGGACUUUGAGCUACAGGGGAAGAAGCUCCCCCAGCUGGACUACCUUUUCAGGGUCUUUGAAGUACUUCAGCUGUGGCCCACUGUUCGGAUGCUGGGGAACGAACUCACACAACCAGGUUUACAUGACAAAGAAAAUUACAACGACAAACUGUGGCAUGUCUGGCUGGUUGCACGUGUCAGGGUUAGCUGUGAAAGUGAUUGAGGUGGGGACCGAUGGAAGUGUCUUUGCAGUGACUACAACAGGCAAGGUCUACCAAAGAGUCGGCAUCACCGGCAGUCGUCCACAAGGCUCAGGUUGGCGCCUCGUCCCUAUGUGCAUGGCCAUCAAGCACGUGAGCUAUGACCUGGGCACACUUUGGGUUGUGACCACAAGUGGUUUGACUAUGCGAUGCACACACUAA